CGGCUAUCGAGGUUUUAGGGUUUUUUGGGCUCUAGGGCGAAAGGGAAGCGAUGUAUGGCGGAGACGAGGUAUCCGCCAUUGUCGUGGAUCUGGGAUCGCAUUCUUGCAAGGCGGGAUACGCUGGAGAGGACGCUCCCAAAGCUGUUUUUCCAUCGGCUGUAGGAUCUGUGGGAGAAAAACCGAGCACGUACUAUGUGGGAAAUCAAGCAAUACAGUUUAGACGCGAUUUCAUGGAGGUUGCUUCUGCAUUGAAAGAUGGUCUCGUCGCAGAUUGGGACAUAGUUGAGAGCAUCUGGGAUCACGCUUUCAAGUCUUUACUUCAUCUUUUCUCAGAAAUGGCUGAAGUAACUUUUUUUUUUCCUUUUUCUUUUUCCAGGGAACGGCUGCUUAUAGAUCCCAAAGAGCAUCCAAUGCUGCUUGCCGAGGCAUCUUUUAAUCCUCAACAGCAUAGAGAAAAGACUGUGGAGCUGAUGUUUGAAAAAUAUGGUGUGCCUGCGGUCUUCCUUGCAAAGAAUGCUGUUCUCACCUCGUUCGCAUCUGGACGAGCGACGUCGCUUGUUGCUGACUGCGGUGGCGGUUCUACUACUGUUGCUGCUGUACAUGAUGGCUAUGUUCUGCACAAGGCUGUUCUCCGGUCCCCAAUUGGCGGGGAAGUCCUCACAGAUUGCCUCUUGAAGAUUUUGGAAUCGAAGAAUGUCAAUAUCAGGCCAAGGUAUUCGUUCAAAAAGAAAGAACCUGUGAACGGGGAGUUCGAAAUUGUGAACCUCGACUUUCCCAACACUACCGACAGCUAUCGUAGGUACAUGCAGAGAGUGAUUGCCGCGGAUAUCAAAGAAACCGUUUGCCGGGUCCCGGAUGGCAUCUUCGAUGAACACUCGUAUGCCAACAUUCCUACAACUCCGUAUGAGCUUCCCGAUGGCCAUACGAUUGAAGUUGGCGCUGAACGAUUCAAGGUUCCGGACCUUAUGUUCAAUCCUGCCUUGAUACAGACAAUACCUGGGAUGGAGAAAUAUGGUGUUGAUACGGGGCUCACCUUACGCGGACUACCACAGAUGGUUAGCGACUGCAUAGGAAAAUGCGAUGUUGAUAUCCGGAGAGAGCUCUUCAGCACUAUUUUGCUCGCCGGCGGAACCGCAUCAAUGCAGCAAUUGAAAGAGCGUUUAGAAAAGGACUUGGUUGAGGAAGCACCACAAGCAGCUCGCGUCAAGGUUCUUGCAAGUGGGAACACAAUCGAGAGACGCUUCAGCGUAUGGAUUGGUGGAAGUAUUCUCGCUUCUUUGGGGUCGUUCCAGCAGAUGUGGUUCUCUAAAGCAGAGUACGAAGAACACGGGCCAUCGUAUGUCCAAAGAAAAUGUCCUUAGAAAUCAGAAAAGUAUGACUAAUUUGUAAUUAUAAAGUUAAGAAACUGAAACUGAUAUAGAAUUUUCGAAGUGUUA